AUGAGCGCCCUGGAGGCCGUGCAAUGGCUGGUCGGAGAGGAUGCCACCUUCGAGGAGGCGCUCACGGCGGGGCGGGACGUGCGGGCGGCGGCGGUGGCGGCAGGCAAGGCGCUGCCGCCCAAGGACCUCUCGCGCCUCUACCCCAGCACGAUGCAGGACGCCGUUUCGGUGGUGCACGUGCGGCUGGAGGAGAACAAGAAGAAGGUGGCGCAGAGCAAGCAGAAGAGCAAGUCCAAGAGCGGCGCGCCACACUCGCCGUCCGAAUCGCACUUCCCGGGGGCUCGGGCGGGUGGCGGCGACCCCUCCGCCUUUUGGAUGUACAUCGAGGACUAUUUCCGGGACUUCAACCAAGAAGACCUGCGGGGCCUGCUGCCCAUGCUGCUGGACCCUCGGGACGACCCGGCGCUCAAGGUGCCGCCCUGCGGGCGCCGCCUGGAGGACGAGCAGCAGCAGCAGCGGCGGCACGCGCAGGCCAAGGCGGCCGCAGAGGCGGCGCGGGCCGCCGCAGUGGCGGCGGCCACGCGCGGCGGCAGUGAGUGGGACACAGGAGCAGUCGACUCGCGGCCCUCGGGCGGCCUCGACGGCAGCCCAGACGCAGAGCGGCGCAGCAGCCGCCUGGUUUCGCGGCACUGCAAGGAGGAGGAGCUGCGGCGGCAGGAGCACCUGGAGGCGCAGGCGGCGGCAGCGGCCACGGUGGCCGAGCAGGCCGAGGCGGCGGCGGCGGCCGCGGCGGCGCGCGCCAUGGCGGUCGUUCCCACCACCUCCAGCGGAGCCCCCGCCGGGCAGCUGCUGGAUGUGCUGCCGGAGCAGCGGCUGGCGAUGCUGGUGCAGCAGCUGGCGGAGCUGAUGCAGCUGGGGGGCCUGGAGCCGCUGUCGGCAGAUGGCGAUGCGGCGGUGCAGGCGUCCCUCGCCAGGCUCCAGUCUGGCGCCAGCAGCAACGGCGGCGCCGGCGAGCUGGAUGCCGCCAGCCGCGCCGGCAUGCAGGAGUGGCUGCGGCAGCGGCUGGCGCCGCUGGCGGAUGAGCUGGGGUGCAGCCUGCGGGUGCUGCCCCCGUGGGCACAGACGCUGGAGCAGGCUGGCAGGGAGGCCGCUGGCAGGGACGCAGCGGCAGCGGCCCGUGCGGCAGCCGGCGGCAGGCAGGAGCAGGAGGCGCCUGGCGAGGAGACGGCGGCGGCGGCCGAGGGCGUGCCAGCAGCAGAGCUCCCGGAGGCUCGGCUGGCAACGGCGGCUUACCUGCACCCCUACACGGAGCUCGUGCUGCGUCACGCUGUGCAGCCACACACCAUGCAGCAGGCGGUGGAGGUGCCGGCUCCAGAGGUGCUGGCUGCCAGCAGGCAGGCAACCGCAGGCCAGGAGGCGGCCGCGCCUGCCGCGGCCGAGGGCGGCGCGAGCGCAGACGGCGGCGACCCCGACGGCGCGGCAGGGCCGGCGCCCGGCGAGGCUGCCCCCCCCGGCGUCUCGCUGCUGACCGCCACCCCUGGCUCUGUAGCGCCGCUGCCAGAGGUCCCCUCUGCGGCUGACCUCCCAAGCCUGCCGGAGCAGCAGCAGCAGCUGCCUGGGAGCGCGGCAGCUGGCGAGGGCGAGGCGGCGGGCGCAGCUGACAUGGCCGGCCUGGGUAGCUUAGAGGACGGCUCUGCCGACCCAGCAGCAGCAGGCACAGCCACGCCCGGCGACGGCGGCGGGCUGGGAGCCGGCGGCGGCGAGGGGCCGCCGGCGUCGCCGGCGGCGGGCGGGGCCGGCGGCAGCGCGCCAGCGCGCCCCGGCGGCCGCGCCCGCGGCGUCAGCAACUACGCUCUGCUGGCUGGAAAGAAGAGCAGCCACCGCUCCGCCACAGGCCCGCCCAAGAAGGCCGUCCGCACGGCCGCCGCCAGGCCCGAGGGCGAGACGGGGCCGCAGCAUCCGGUGGCCAAGGCUGUGGCGGCGCUGAUUGCGGGCGGCGAGCCCGACGCGCCCGCCGCCGAGCAGUGGCGCGGCAGCGUGGAGCGCUGCCCGGGCCUGCUGGCGGCGGCGCCCGAGGAUGAGGUGCUGGCUGAGAUGCUGGCGCUGCAGAGCGAGCUGAUGCAGCAGGCGGCCAUCAACCGGGCGAGGCUGGUGCCCGCGCUGGCUGGGGUGCUGGCGGAGGCGGAGGAGCGGCGGGCGGCGGCGGCGCAGCGGGUGGCUGAGGAGGAGGAGGUCAAGGCUUGGAUCCUGAAAGUGCGGGAGAUCAAGCGGCAGCAGCACCGGCAGCGGCGUGAGCAGGCGCACGCCGAGGCGCAGGCGGCCAAGAAGCAAUCCAUUAUGGCCUCGCCGCGGCCUGUGCUGGGGCGGCAGCGCGGCAGCUACCAGGCUGAGUACGAGGGCGAGGAGGAGGGGCGCGAGGGGUCGCCCGCGCUGCAGUACACGCUGGCGCCAAAUGAGCUGUAUGAUGUGCUGGCACACCGGGACAACAGCACACAGGAGGCCUUCUGCGCCGUGUGUGGCGACGGGCGCUCAGAGCCCCCCAACCCUAUUGUAUUUUGUGAGCGAUGCGACGUGGCAGUGCACCAGCACUGCUACGGCAUCGGCGUGCUGCCAGAGGGAGACUGGCUGUGCGAGCCGUGCAGGGAGCACGAGGAGCGGCUGCGGGCGCAGGGCGUGGCGCCGGCCGCCAUCCGGCCGCCCAGCUGGGAGACCACCCGCGCACCGCUGGAAGGCGGCUCUCGCAGCUGCUCCUGCGCCCUCUGCCCCAUCAAGUACGGCGCCUUCAAGAAGGCAGAGGAUGGGCGGCGCUGGGUGCACUCGGCCUGCGCGCUGUGGAUCCCCGAGACCUUCAUCGGCCUGCGGGAGGUGCCGGGCGCGGGGCGCCAGGAGUAUGUGGGCGGGCUGGACAAGGUCAAGGCGGAGAGGUGGGAGGGGCGGUGCGCCAUCUGCGGCCUCACCGGCGGCGCCGUCCUGGCCUGCCAGCAGCCCGGCGGCUGCCCCACCGCCUUCCACGUCCUCUGCGCCCGCAACAUCGGCCUGUACACAGCCGUGCGACCCGACCCCGCCCGCAAGUCGGCCUGGCAGUACCGCGUGUACUGCGCGCUGCACAGCAAGGCGCAGAAGGACCGGGAUGAGCGGCUGCUGGCGGAGCGGCUGGAGAAGGUGGCGGCAGCGCAGCAGAAGGAGGGCAAGGCCAAGGCAGCCGAGCGAAUGUCGGCCGCCAAGCAGGCGCUGGCUGCGCAGGAGGGGGAGCGGUACACGAUGUACACCCUGCGCGCCAACCUGGAGACCUGCCGCAUGCUGAUUGAUGUGACUAAGCGGCGGGAGCGGCUGAAGAAGCAGCUGGUGACGCUGCAGCAGCAGGAGUGGUGGCAGCUGCGGCAGCAGGACCCGCAGGCCGCGCUGGCCUGGCUGCACCACACCCAGCAGCGGCGGCGGGCGGAGGCGGAGGCGGCGGCCGCCACUGCCGCCGCCCAGCACCAGCGGGAGCAGCAGGAGGCGGCAGCCCUGAGAGGGGCACCGGCGGCGCAGCCAGGCGUAACUCCGCCGCCAUCUGAGCAGAUGCAGCAGCUGCCUCAGUUUGCCAUGCCCCUGCCCCAGCCUCCCAUGCCGCCCCAGCAGUACCAGCAGUACCAGCAGCAGCAGCAGCAACAGGCAAUGCUGGCCGCGGCGGCGAUGGGCGGGCUGCCGACGGCGGCCGCAGGCGGCGGCGUGCACUUCAUGCCGCCGCCCCACGUGCAGGCGCAGCUGCAGGCGCCGCCGCACAUGCAGCAGCACACGCAGGCGGUACCUGCGAUGCAGCAGCAGCAGCAGGCGCAGCAGCAGCAGCAGCUGCAGGCGCAACAGCAGCAGACGCUGCAGCAGCAGAUGCUGCCGAUGCCGCAGGCGCACGGUGCCCCCUCGUUUGCUGUGGACAUGUUUGCCCCGCACCAGUUCUUCAUGCAGCAGCAGCAGCAGCAGCAGCAGGCGAUGCAGCAGCAGCCGCAGCAGCCCAUGCACCUGCCUCGCCCCCAGAUGCAGCCCGGCGCCGCCGCCGCGGCCUUCCUGGCCAUGCCGCUGCAGCUGGCGCCGCCGCCGCGGCAGCAGCUGAUGCACGGCGGCGGGCAGCAGCUGCCGGCCACGGCGGCGGGCAUGCUGGUGAGCGUGCCGGGCGGCGGCGCGACGGCGGCGCAGGUGCCUGCCGACGUGGCGGCGGCCAUGUUUGGGCCUCCCGGCGCGGCUGGGGCGAUGCCCGGCAUGGCCAUGCACCUGCCCCCGCACCAGCAGGCGCAGCUAGCCGGCAUGGAUCCCGCAGUGGCGGCGGCGCUGCAGGCGGCGCAGCCUGCCGUGCUGCGUGGCAUGCCGGUGGGAGGCCCCGAUAGGGGCCCCUCCCCACGACACGCCCCUCAUGCAGCGGUGGCGGCGGCGGCGGCGGCAGCGGGAGCCACCGCCAUGUCCGUCUCGCCGCAGCCGUCUGCGGGCGGCGGCGGCGGCCUCGGACGGCCCAAGCGCGCCGCCGCCGCGGCCGCGCACCCGGCCAGCGCCAAACGGCAGCGUGCGGGGUCGGAGGAUGCGUCGCUGCCCGCCGCCGCCUUGCCCGCCGCCGCGGCCGCGGCGCCGCUGCUGCCCGCGGCGCCCGGAGCGCCACCGGUGCCGCCGCCGGCGGAUGCCGGCGGCGAGGGCGGGAGCGGCGGGGCGGCGGCGGCCGCGGGGCGCCGCCAGCGCGUCGCCUCCGCCAAGGUGCGGGACAACCUGCUGCAGCGGGAGCGGCAGAUGACGGCAGAGGAGGCAGAGGCCCUCAACGCCCGCCUGCCCGGCCCCCUGCGCUACCUUCCCGCCGCGGAGCUGGAGGCAGCGCUGGGGUCGCCAGGCGGGCGCGGCGGCGGCACCCCCCGCGCCGGCGGCGCCGCCCCGCGCCAGCCCAAGCCCCGCGGCAAGGCCGGCGGAGGCGGCGGAGGCGGCGUGUAG